UUUUCUGUUUCAUAGGCUAAGACAAUAGCUUUAUUUAUACCAAAAAAAAAAACUCUUUUUGUUGGGUUUUAUUUACUUUGUUUAAUGUUUCCAUCAAAAAUGGGAUCAGAAGCAAGUGAAAACAGAAGCAAAGAAAUGGAGAAUCUUUCUUUGCAAACAGAAAAUUCCCCAAGAAACCUGUUACAAAGAUUCAUGUCAAGAGAAACACUAGAUUCAAAAAGAAGUGAAGGUGAAGAUGAUGAAGAUGAAGAAGAAGUGGAGCUGAAUCUUGGGUUAUCAUUAGGAGGCAGAUUUGGGGUUGAUAAGCAUGCAAGUAAGUUGAAAAGGUCAUCAUCUAUUGCUGGUUCAAUACCAAUAUUUAGAGAAGAUGAUAGUGCCAAUGCUCCACCACCAUCUGUUCCUCACCCAACAACUCUCAUCAGAGCCUCUUCUUUGCCCACCGUGACUGAGGAAGAGUGGAGGAAGAGAAAAGAGUUGCAGACCCUAAGAAGGAUGGAAGCUAAGAGGAGAAGAAGUGAGAAGCAGAGGAUUUCAAGAGGGAAAAUGGAGGAAAGUAAAGGCCUUCAAGGAGCUAGAAAUUCUGGUGAAGCAAGAAGCUCUGGUAGUGCUUCAUCCUUGCAAGAACAAGGCGACUCAGAGGCAGCUACCGGUUCUUCAGGAACAAAGACGAGCAGGAGUGAAAGAACUCUGGGACUGGUAGGUGAGACGGUCGAAAAUAAGGAGAAAGGAGGGGGAAAGGCGAUGGAAGAUAUGCCUCAUGUGUUCACAAAGGGAGAAGGUCCUAAUGGGAAAAGAGUAGAUGGGAUUUUAUACAAGUAUGGGAAGGGAGAGGAAGUGAGGAUAAUGUGUGUAUGCCAUGGCAAUUUUUUUUCUCCAGCAGAGUUUGUGAAGCAUGCAGGUGGUGGUGAUGUGGAUAACCCUCUUAGGCAUAUAGUUAUUAACCCUUCCUCUUCUUCCCUUUUGUAAUGUGGAGUAUAUGGCAACCCCCCACAAAAAUGGGGCACUGUAAGUGAAAAGUUUUAAAAAAACAAAUUCUUUGCAAUGUCUACAAUAGUGAAUUUACUCUUGCUGA